AUAAGUAUUUUAGUUUGAACAAAAAAAUGUUACGUCUAGUAUCACUAUGGCCUUAUCAGAAAACUUGGGAAAAAGUUGUAGCAAGGAUAUAUCUUGCAUUUGCUAUUGUAAUAUUGAUGCUUGCUCAGAUGAUAAGGGGUAUAGAAGAAUGUUUUUAUGAAGACGUGAAUAUAGAGAUUGUGCUUGAAAACUUUUCUGGAUUUUGCUAUUUCAUAGGAAUUAUAACGAGACUCAUUACAUCGAUACUUAGCAUAGAUAAUUUUCAGCAUUUGUAUGAAGAAAUAACAAAAGAUUGGAAACAGGUGACCGAUGAAGAAGAAAAAAAUGUACUACGUCAUUUUGCUAAGAAGGGAAGAUUAUUGACAAUCAUAUACAGCGUAUAUGCAUAUGGGAGCUGUGUAUUGUAUAUUACGUCAACCGCAGUCAUUCCAAUGCUUUUGAAUGAAAUUUUAACAAAAAAAGAGCCCUUACCAAAAAUGCUAUGCCUGUAUGGUGAAUUUUUCGUAGAUCAAGAAAAAUACUUUAAUCAUAUUUUUCUUUUAAUCUUAUUCUCUGGAAUUGGACAUAUGGCCAUUACUACCGCAAUCGAUGGAACUUAUAUUAAUUGUGUGCAGCACAUACUUGGAUUAUUCAACAUAAUAAAAUACAAACUAGAGGAGUUAAAUAAAAUUGUUUCAGAUCCAGUGACAUACAAUUCAGAAGAUAUUGCAGAUGUCAUAAAUAACAAUAUUAUGUUUUGCAUAAAAACGCACAAAAGAUGUUUAGAGCUUACCAUUUUGCUUCAAGAAGCAUGUAACAAAUGUUUUUUUAUUAUGUCUGCCAUCAUGAUACUUGGAUUAUCCACUUUUAGUGUUGAUUUAGUAAUAAAUAUAAAUAGACCAAUAAACUUUUUGAGAAUUUUCACAUUGUGGUUUGCAGCUAUUAUAUAUUUGUUUUAUAUUAGUUGGCCUGGACAAAAGUUAAUAGAUACUAGUAAUGAGCUGUUCAUAUGGAUCUAUUCAUCAGGAUGGUAUCAAUUCCCUUUGAAAUCAAAAAAUGAUAUGAGACUUAUGAUGUUAAGAUCUAAGAAACCAUGCCAAUUAACAGCGGGUCCGUUGCUUAUAAUGAGUUUCGAGACAUGUGGUUUGAUUUUAAGGACCGCGUUCUCUUAUUUCACUGCAGUUGCUUCAAUGGGAUAAUCUUUGUUAAUAGCAUUUUUUAAUGUUUUAGAAACGAAGAGCUGUGAAU